AUGAAAACUAAAAUGAAGAAAAUUUUUCCAUCAAAUACUUAAAACUAUUAUUCUGUUCCACAAUUAGAGCAUGAUAAUGGAUCUGUACACAAAAUGCAUUAAUCUACAAUUUCAAAACCUCCUCUUUCGAUAGUUCCAAGUGAAGCAAAUUAAAGUUACUAUUAAAUAAUAGAAAAAAAUAAAUUGCUAUAUCUUGAUUAUUAUAGUCAAUACAAUGAAAUGAAAUUUAUGGAAAACAUGGCAGGUAUUUUAUAUAAAUAGAUUAAUAGGUUUAAAACCUAAACCUGAAAAAUUAACUUUAUUAGAGAAAUUUCUAAAUAUGUUCGAAGACAUGGUAUCUUGUUUAAUUGUUAUUUAAAAUACUUUACUCGUUAUUGACUUUGAAGCUGCUGAUUUUACAUAAGUUUAUGGGUAUUUACCAAAUACAAUGGCUGAUAUUUUGAAUAAAGACAUAAAAGUAAGCUUAUAAUUAGCUUAAUAAAGACUUUAGAAGGAUUACAUUUAGAGAUAGAAUAUUAGUCUUCUCUUAGAUUUCUGGAAACAGUAUUAGAAGCAUUGCAAUUUAAUCCUGAAUUAGCAAAUAGAAUUCAUUAACUUGACGUUAAAGUUUGGUCAUAAAAAUGCUUCAAUCAUCUCAAUAAUUUUAUGGUCAUUUCAUAAAAAUCCUAAACAUCUUAAACAACACUAUUAUGUCCUUGUUUUAAAUGA